GUGAUGUGUUUUGAGAAAGAAGAUGGCUUCGGAUGGAACCGGCGACACGAUUAGCCCCGAAAAGACACUGAACUGCGACAUGGGGAACUUUCGUCCGGUUACAGAGGCACAGUUUGAAGGCGACGCUUUAGGCGAACAAGUCAGAGAGCCCGGCAAUUCAUACAGUUUCUCAGGAGAAACACACAGUGAGAAGGACAACAAUCAGUCGGCCGGCUCAUCUACUUCAGAAGAGGAUGACACAGAAUCUGAACUUCAGACUUCACAGGCACCAAAUACAAGUGCAUUAGAGACAUUAGUACGCACUGCCUGUGAAAGUCUGGCAGUAUCAACACUCCUUGCUGAAAAUUCUUCUUCAAGUAACCUGCUUGAUGCACCUGGUCAACAGACAUCAAAGGAUAUUCCAACCGCCCACAACCCAAGUUUGGGAAUGGAAGCCAGUAGCUCAAGUGGUGGCUCAAACCUUUAUACAGCAUCUACCAGUGCUCUUAACCAGACUUCUUCAGCCGAAGAUCCAGUGUUUAGUGUCAUUUUUGGGCAUAACAGGGAUCAAAACAGCAGCAGUGCUAUGGAUGAAAGACAUAAUAAUACUUCACCAUCAAAGGAGUUGCAAGAAUCCACCUUAGAUUUCACCCAAAGCAGCCUGUCAGAUAUUGGAGAUGGCGAGGGUUCCUCUGAAGACAUGGAUAGGAGGAGAUCAAGUGAACGUGAGAGGAAAAGGAAACCAAUGCGAUUUCAAUCCCCAUCUGAGGAUGAGCUCAAAACAAAGAAAAAGAGGAGAAGACGGCUAAAUCCUCUUCUCAGAAUACCUCGUCGUGAUCCUGGCACCCCAUUCAAGUGUGACUUGUGUGGUUCUCCAUAUGUAAUCAACCCUUCCAGACGGGGAAACCGCCCCAAACUGUCUUCCCAUCAUCCAAGUCCUCGACAUAAAGUUGAUCCAGCAACAGGGAAGACCCUCACUCUGUGCAAUGCUUGUGGUUUGUCAUUUGAUCGUCCAAAAAAACAAAGGAGAGAACGUUGUGAGCCAGAUCCAGAAGAAAAGAAAAAAUAUCAGGAGGAGGCAAACCAGUUUGCAAUGUCUUUAGUAGAAGGACUGGGAGACCCUGAUGGUAAUAAUAUUAAAUUAUCCUUACUGAUGCUGACAGCAUUAAUUAAUCAAAUAUAAUGUCAAGUUGGGCUACAUACAGUUACUUAAUUCAGGUUUUUUUUUUUCUGUUUACAAAGAUUAUAAAUUUUGCUAUAUGUAUGUCUAUUAAUAAUGUUGUCCUAUCCUUACUGACUGCCUUUAAUAUUCACUUUAUGGUACAUCAAGUGAUUUAAAGUAAUAUACACCAUAGUAAUAGUUAACACUUAAUAGAUGUUCUACUGAAUGUGUGGUGGUACUAGUACAUGUACAUGUGCUAUCUCAAUGUGUCAAAUAAAGUACUAUUUAACAAUUAGAUUUUGAGCUCAAGAUGUCUAUCACAUGAUAAGGGAUGAGGGCACCGCCCAAGU